AUUCCAAUAGAACAAUAAAGUAUUUAUCUGUGUCAAUUCAGAACUAAUUCUCCGUUUGUCCUCUCAAUUCAACUCCGCCGCUUUCAACCACCAACACAAAAUUAUUCCUCCGUUUCGUAAAACCCAUCUCAAAUUUCAUCCAAGAUCCCAUUUUUAAUCAAUAUUUCUUCACGAAUCACGCUCCCAGAUGAAGCAAAAGCAUCAAUUCCAACCCCUUUUCCACACCCUCACUACAAUUUCUUGAAUUCGGCCUUUCCCUGUUCCAGCUCAGGCCGUCCAGAAUUCUCCAUGGUAGGCCGCCUUCUCGGCCCGCGCCGGGCCCGCCAGCUGCAGCGGUUCGUACGCAACGGUAAGCUGACAAUCUUCUGCCUUUUCCUCACCGUCAUAAUGUUUCGCGGAUACCUUGGCGCCGGAAAGUUCGGGACGCCGGAGAAGGACCUCGACGACAUCCGCGAAACCCUCUCCUUCAUCCGCAAUCGGGCCGAGCCGCGGAGGGUUCUCGAAGAGGCUUUAAUCUCGGGUCAGGGGGGGCUGAAAUCUGCCGAGAAUGCGGGAGCUGGGAGCAAUAAUUAUGCUGCUUUUGACAUUACUAAGAUUUUUAGGGAUGAGGAUGAUGGCGCUGAGGAAUUCAAUCGUGAUCCUUCGCAGCCGUAUAGCCUCGGCCCGAAAAUAUCGGAUUGGGACGAGCAGCGGGCCGAGUGGCUGCAGAGGCACCCUAAAUUCCCCAAUUUUUUACGUGAGCAUAAGCCUAGGGUUCUGCUGGUGACGGGGUCGUCUCCGAAGCCGUGUGAGAAUCCUGUGGGGGAUCAUUACCUGUUGAAGUCGUUCAAGAACAAGAUUGAUUACUGCAGGCUUCAUGCGAUUGAGAUUUUCUACAAUAUGGCAUUGCUGGAUGCUGAAAUGUCUGGAUUUUGGGCUAAGCUGCCAUUGAUUAGGAAGCUCCUGCUGUCUUACCCUGAGGUAGAGUUUCUGUGGUGGAUGGAUAGCGACGCCAUGUUUACGGAUAUGGCGUUUGAGCUUCCGUGGGAGAGGUACAAGGACGUGAAUUUCGUGCUGCAUGGUUGGGAUCAUAUGAUCUAUGAUGAGAAGAACUGGAUUGGGUUGAACACGGGUAGCUUCUUGCUGAGGAAUUGCCAGUGGUCUUUGGACCUUCUUGACACGUGGGCGCCCAUGGGGCCGAAGGGGAAGGUCAGGGAGGAGGCCGGGAAGGUCUUGACGAGGGAACUCAAGGGUAGGCCGGUGUUUGAGGCAGAUGAUCAGUCUGCAAUGGUGUAUAUUCUGGCCACGCAGAAGGAGAAGUGGGCUGACAAGGUUUAUCUUGAGAGUGCAUAUUAUUUGCACGGUUAUUGGGGGAUUUUGGUGGAUAAGUACGAGGACAUGAUCGAGAGUUACCAGCCCGGUUAUGGUGAUCACAGGUGGCCUUUAGUCACGCAUUUUGUGGGCUGCAAGCCUUGUGGGAAGUUUGGGGAUUAUCCCGUUGAGCGUUGCUUGAAACAGAUGGACCGAGCAUUCAACUUUGGAGAUAACCAGAUUCUGCAGAUGUAUGGAUUCACUCAUAACUCUCUUGGUAGUAGGAGAGUGAGGAGGAUACGGAAUGAGACAAGCAAUCCUAUUGCAAUGAGGGAUGAGCUCGGAUUGCUUCACCCUGCAUUCAAAGCUGUGAAGUUUUGGUGGUGAUGAGCAUUUGAUCUGCAACAUGUGGCUGCAUCUUUGCUGAAUGCACGGGUAAGUGGUCGUUUUGAGUCGCUUGAAUAUGGGAGAGAAUACGAGAUUUUAUGAUUUCUAGGUUCGCGAGCGUUUUUAGUACUCCAUGGGAGAGAAUACGAGAUCUUAUCACAUCCCAGUCUUCUUAAAUUUGUAUUCUUGGAGGUGUUUGCAGACUUAUAAGAAGAUGUGAGUUUUCUCUGGGUUCUUGAAGCUGGAAGUUUAGCCCCAUGUGUUCUUCUCAGUCUUCUUGUAUUUUGAGUUACCACUCCUUCAAUGUGUAUAUAUUAGGAGUUGUCUGAAUCUUUGUUGUUAUAGAGUUACUAUUCUUUAUUGCUGUUGGGGCCAGAGGAUCAUGUUGUUGGCAAUGUUGUCCGGAAUCCGUACAGCAGCAAAGAAAUGAUGGCGGUGUACAAUGCCUGGAUCCGUGUUUCAUACGAUCCCAUCGUCGGGAAUCAACAAAGCCGGAAGUGUUUCUGGGAAAAGGUCUCCGAGGCCUACCACGUGAUUAAGCCGAGGGGGUCCCGCCGCCGCACAUAUAAGAUGCUUCGCACUCACUUUGAUCGAGUCGACAGAGAGGUCAAAAGAUUCUGCGGCAUCUACACGAACGAAACGGCUAAGUACCAAAGCGGAUCCACGGGCGCCGACAUUCUGAGGUCGGCUUUGCACAUCUACCACGACGACACCGGCAAACAAUUCAAAUUUGUUGAUGUUUGACAGGUCGUCAAGGACAAGGAAAGGUGGGCCGGCGGUGUCCGCUCCAGCUCGGGCUCAACCUCCACGGCGAGUGGCCAAUACUCGUCUGGUGACCGGUGAGGGUAGCGGCGCACAAGAGGGUACCUCGCAGGAGGUUGAGGGCACGGCCGGCGAUGCCGGGGGAUCCUCCCAUGGGCGCCGUCGGCCGCAAGGGACCAAGGCGGCGAAGGAGGCUAGAGCGAGGAAGGGCCGAGGCGAAUCAAGCUAGGCUGGCUCGGGGGAGGGGGAGGCUCGAACUCCCUUAUGGCCAUGUACAUGACCGCCACAAUGGCGGACACUUCUCGCUUUACGCCAUUCAGUACCAAGCCUGGUGGAACAGAAUUGUCUUUAUGGCAGCACAACUUGGCCUUCCGCCUCCUACCGGCUUUAGUGCACUUCCACCGCCUUCGGGGGAUGA